GUUCAGUACCAAAAUGACGAGGUUAGCUUUCUCUCCGUGCGGAUCAAACUGCACAACGGAAACCUUAUGAUUGACAAGGAAGCGAGCCCAAUUGCAAAUGAGGCACGUGUUCAGCGAGGCUAGAGUAGUCCUAUUGCAAAUCAAGGAGGACGAAACCCCUAGGAAAGAGAUGUUUUAUGAUUCCGUACCAGUGUCUUGCCUAAUAUAAAAGCAAACAAAUGCUUUCCAAGUAUAGAUUCGUUCUUUCAUACAGGAGAUCGUUAUCUACGUGCUGUCGCAGAAAACCAGCAAUACUAACAUAGAUGAAUCUUUAGACGGUGGUUUUGUCCAGACAGAGGAAUGCAGGGUCUGUUUCUGGUGGAGCCCGUUGUCGGCUUUUAUGCGUUUGCCAAUUUUUUGGCAUUUCCACUCCUGCAACAGUAUGUGUACCGCCGACUGUGGCAGCAGGUGACGAACACCUCAUAUCCAACUGGCAACGACAACACGUCCGCUUGCAAUCCGAACAGCACCAACGUCACUAACCAUCAUGAGGAUGUCCAAAAAGCAGCCUCUUUGUUCUCGCUCUACAAUGAGCUGUUCUCCAUCAUUCCCAGCCUCCUGGUCACUCUAGUGCUGGUGUCUUACAGUGAUUAUCGAGGACGCAAGAUCAGCAUCCUCCUCCCUGUGAUUGGGUCUCUGAUCGCUUCAGUCACCUAUCUCUGUGUGUCCUACUUCAGCCUGAGCCUCUACCUGCUGAUCGUGUCCAACUUCGUGAGCUCUCUGUUUGGGGGCUUUGGGACUUUCCUGGGUGGCUGCUUCUCGUAUGUGGCCGAUAUCUGUGAUGACAGCAAGAAGAAGAUGCUGCGAAUGUCCAGCAUGGACAUGGUUCUUGGUUUGCUGUCGGGGGUGGCUUCCGUUUCGACUGGCUAUUUCUUAAGGUCAACUGGUUUUAACUGGCCCUUCUUUGCCUCUUCCGUGUUUCACUGUAUCAAUAUACUAUACAUCAUCUUUAUCCUGGAAGAGACAGUUAAAAAUCCUUAUUCCAACAUCCAGAACGGGCCCACCCACAAGCCUCUCAAGAAGGUGGUUUAUGGAAUCUACCUCCUCUUUGCAUCCUCGAGUAGGAAGAGGUCAAUUCUGCUCGUCCUAAUGAUUUUGAGUUUCACGUUCUUUAUUAUUGCCAACCUGGGUGGCGUGUCCAUUUUCAUCCUUUACGAGCUGAACGUGCCCUUGUGCUGGAACGAAGUGCUGAUUGGGUAUGGCUCAGCCCUCUCCACCAUCGUGUUCCUGACCAGUUUUGCUGGCGUGUACUGCCUUUCCUACUGUUUUUCAGAGGCUGCCAUAGUGUUUAUUGGGUUGCUGUCGUUCAUGGCUGGCAUGAUCAUGACAGCAUUUGCCAAGACCACACUGCUCAUGUUUCUUGUUAGGUUGCCUAUGCUUUUUGCCUUUAUGCCUGCUCCCGUAUUGAGGGCCAUGAUGUCCAAGAUCGUUUCGAAAUCUGAACAAGGGGCACUCUUCGCCUGUGUGGCCUUCUUGGAGAGCUUAAGUGCCAGUGCGACGUUUGCUGUAUUUAACAGCAUCUAUGCUGCAACAGUGGCCUGGUUUUCCGGCUUCAGCUUCCUUGUGGCAGGAGGUCUAUGCGUGAUCCCGAUGAUUCUUAUGGGCUUUGUGGUGUACAUGGGUGUUGAAGAUGGCAGUGAAAUCAAGCCACUUUUAGCUGAAAAAGAAGCCGGCAGUGACUAAGCAAUUUUCACCUUACAUCAGAAAAACAAAGAGAAUUAGGAAGCCUGGCAGCAUCGGAUACUGCGGGACUCUGAACAUGGAUAAUCUUGGAACAUGGAUAAUUUGGUUCACUAAACCUUUUCUUUUAGAAAAUUAAACCAACUAAGCACUUUAACAGAGCACUGCUCUUUUAACCAGUGUUGCUAAGCCAAAUGUGUCAAAACACCAUUACUCCCAGCAUCAUACAAUUUAAUUCCAAAAAAGGUUUCUUACUCUUGAAUUAAACUGUGGGGGUGGUGUACAUUUUUGUGACAUUACAUUUUGUGCAUAAUGAGCAUGGAGAGAAAGCGAGGAUGAUUUUUUAGACCGACUCUUUGAGCCAAUGAUACAGGAAAAGCUUAGUAAUAUUUAAGAUAUUAGAUGACAUUUGUCUACCUUCUCACAUAACUAUUGUAAUGCUUAGAAGCAUUGCCAGAGAGAGCAACAUUCACUGUACAGUAUAUUGCAGCAGGUUUUAUUGACCUUAAGGCCUUCGGAUUGAAUUACGCAGCCCUUUCUAUUGGCUAAAAAAUGUAAUGGUACCUAUAAAAUAGGGACCAGUGACUCAGCCCAUAAUAUUUUUUUUCUGUGUCUUUCUUCACUCAAAGGGUUAUUAUAAAGAUUAACAUAUUACCCAAAAAUGUGUUUGUAAAACACAUGGACUGUGAAAAGCACAGAAUUAAAGUAAAUUCUUUGAUCUUAAAAGGUAAUUAACUAGAACAUUUUGGAUUACAAAUCUAUCUUGUGCAAAGUUGCCCUUUGCAUUCAUAAUAUUUUAUUGUUGCUAAAGAAUUUUAGCUUGAACUUGAAUAUUAGCAAUAUAAGAUAUUAUAGUUGGGGGAAAAAAAGCUCUGCAGGUUUUCCAAUUUGCACAACUCACACGGCAGUGGGGGCAGUAUCAGCAUUAUUUAGGUCGCAGUGACCCCUGCAACUGUCUCAGCUGUCCUGCAGACUUGUUGUGGCAGAAAUGAGGGGUGCAAUGCUCCUUCAAUCAACACUGACCUUCCUGCAGGUUACCACGACGAUCACAAUGUCAAAAAGUUAAAUGACUCAAUGGAUGAGGGAGUCAGUGUGGCAGGUUGGCACUUCCUCAUUUCUCCACGUGUGAGCAUAGGAGUCAUUGCUCUGAAUGCAGACAUACUGUAAAGACAAGCGCUGAUUCCUAAUUGUUCUGGUAAAUAACUGUCGAGAAACAUUUUCUAAAAGAAAAAUGGCAAAAGAUAAUUAAAAUGAGCCAGUGUACUCAUUUAAGAGAAGCUACUGAGUGAUGUCAGAAUUCUGUACCUCAAAAUGCUCCAGCUUUAAAAUUCUUCCCCCUGCUGGUGGACUUUCAAAGAGCCGUACAUGUAUUUAUUAAGGCUUAGGAUUGUGAGCUGUGGUAAAGCUCAAGGUCUUGGUGAUGAGAGAGGUCUGGAGUACAGCUGUCAUUUUCAAGCUGUAGGAUCAUCCUGUACUGUGGCUCAUGUCUUUAACAGAAAGACAGACUGUUUUUCUGUGUUUUCUGGUACAGACCUAAACAUCUGAAAGUGGCCACUUAAAAUUUUUAUUAAAGCUCUUUUUUAUGAUGUCUCCAAAGGUGCACUUUAGACAGGAAUCAUUUGAUAACAGCCCAGGUACAGUGGUGUUUUCUAUCCAUGCAAAAUGAAAGUCACCUGCUAGCUUGGACUGUUGGUGCAGAAAUCACUAAAGGAAACAUUGGUCAAUCUCAAAAUCUCAAUCUUGAUUUCAACUUGAUAUCUUUUUUUAUACCACAAAUGAGAUCCUUAUGGUGUAAAAAUAACAAGGAAAGAAAAAAUAGUAAAUUCACCCCUAUAAGUCUGUCUCUCAGCUAUGACUUGGUCUAUGAGGUCCCACAGAAGGGAACUUAUCUUGUCUAUAGAAUUAUGAUUCGAAAACCGUGGUGUUGGUGGAUAUAUAGUAGUUGUAUAAGUGAAAGAGUAGUUUACUGUGUCAUAUAAAAGGUGUGGCUUUGUCUUGGUUUUGAUUUUAAAAAAAAUCAUAUAAUUGAGUAUAUCAGGUGACAAAAGAGUAAAAUUAAUGGUGGCUAAGUGUGUACUGUGAUGAGCCUGAAACACUUAUGUUCUAACGUUCUUAGAGGAACUUUUUCUCAUGGGGGCAACCUUGUCACAAAAUAAAAGUAUCAAGUACAGUACAUGAGAUACAAAAAGCAUUUCAGUGGAAUGUGUGUUGCAUAUUAGAUGUCCACAGUGUUAUGUUACUACAUAAUAGGUGUGUUAAAGUUGAUUCUCCAAUCAAUAUGAGAGUACCUAUGAAUGUAAUUUAGGUACAGUAUUUUUAUAUCCUUGCUUUCUCAAUAGUAUCUUGCGCAACAGCACUUUCAAUGCUUUUUGCUGCUUUUUUAAUGCCUUUCUAAAUGGCAAAGAACUGAGGAUCAGAAUCCAAGUUUCCUUUAUACACUAAACAAAUCUCACACUCAAAUUUCUUUUAAGCCUCUGUCAAAUACUUAAAGAAAACAAUUGUGUUCCUAUUCAAACUGCAAGCUCUUGUUCGUCGUCAAUCCAUUGUGUGCAUGUUUGAGCGGUAGAAACCACAAAGUAAGAAAUGUGAUAGCCAAUAUACAAUGGAUGGUAGUACCCAUCUAGACAGUUUGAAUUACAAACCCUGCACUUUGGUGUAUAGUUUAGUCGAGGCCUGAAGACGCCAGAGUAUCAGUUCAGGUGAGUUUAAAGAUCAUAAAAUUCUUCGAAAUGUGUUUUUAAUGACAUAUCUAUAUAAAAAUUAAAAUCCUGUGUUUAGGCAUUGAAGCACUAUGUGGUAAAUAAUUUCUCAGUUCUCUUCAAUUCAAUUAAAAGCAGGAUGCUGUACAAAUUCAUAUUUUAGGGAGAUGACUAUACACCUGAUUUUGUUCAUUCAAAUAGUUUUUUGCCAUGUGGACAGCAAUAAACAUCUUUGAAAAUCA